AUGGCAGAAUUCACUCAUGAAAGCACAGAAGACCAGGAGGAAGAGGAACUACAGGAGGAAGUGUUAGAUUUUGCACCAGCUGCACUGGAUGACUCUCUGCCAGAAGUGGAAGAUCCUUUACAGGAAAUAAACUUAGGGACAGGGGAGAAUCCAAGGCCUACCUUUAUCAGCGCACUAUUGAAAGAACCACUUAAGAAUGAACUCAUUGCACUUCUACAAAAGUUCAGAGAUUGUUUUGCUUGGCAUUAUCAUGAGAUGCCAGGAUUAGAUAGGGAAUUGGUAGAACACAGGCUGCCAAUCAAAGAGGGAUACCUUUCAGUCAAACAGGCCAGAAGAAGGAUGUCCAUGGACACAGAACUGAAAGUCAAGGAAGAAAUAGAAAGGUUGCUUAAGGUAGGAUUCAUCAGGCCAGCCAUCUAUGCUGAUUGGCUAGCUAAUAUUGUACCAGUUCUGAAAAGAAAAACCGGGGCAGUCAGAAUUUGUGUGGAUUACAGAAAUCUGAAUGACGCCUCUCCCAAGGAUGAGUACCUUAUGCCAAUGGCAGACAUGCUAGUAGAUGGAGCUGCCCACAACCAGAUGCUAUCUUUUAUGGAUGGCAACGCAGGUUACAAUCAGAUCAUGAUGGCAGAAGAAGACAUCCACAAAACAGCCUUCAUGUGUCCAGGACAUAUAGGUGCUUUUGAAUACACUGUAAUGCCUUUUGGCUUAAGAAAUGCAGGGGCUACUUAUCAAAGGGCAAUUAAUUCUGUUUUCCAUGAUAUGAUAGGGCAUUCCUUGGAAGUUUAUAUUAAUGAUGUGGUGAUUAAAUCACCAGAUGAGGAACAAACCUUUAAGUGGGAAGAACAGCACCAACAAGCUUUUGAGGAAAUCAAGCAUUACCUCUCAAAUCCACUAGUUCUGUCCCCACCAAAGAGGGGCAGACCACUCAAGUUCUAUGUAUCUGCAUCAGAAGUAUCCAUUGGGAGUUUAUUGGUUCAAGAUAACAAGGAAGGGAAGGAACAUGCAGUCUACUACCUGAGCAGAACUCUGACAGAGGUGGAAAGAAAAUAUUCUGCAAUUGAAAGACUUUGCCUAGCCUUGUACUUCACUGCUGUGAAGCUCAGACAUUACAUGCUGCCAUACACCAUCUACAUCAUUGCCAAAACAGAUCUGAUCAAAUACAUGCUAACAAGACCAAUGCUGAGAGGCAGAAUUGGAAAAUGGACCUUGGCCUUGACAGAAUUUGCCUUCAGAUAUGUUCCUCAGAAAGCCGUCAAAGGACAAGCUGUGGCAGACUUCCUAGCAGAUCAUCCCGGGGAGGAGAUUGAAAACAUGGACUCUUUAGACAUAGCAAAUGCAGAUCUAUUAACCAGAGCUCACAUCUGCCUCAACAAUCCUAUCUAUUCAGUUCAUCUUGCACCUUGGAAGUUAUACUUUGAUGGAUCAAAAACUGAUAUAGCUUCUGGGGCAGGAAUUGUUUUGGAAGAACCACUUGGAAUCAGACACUGUUACUCUUUCCAAUUGGAUUUCCAGUGCACCAACAACAAGGCAGAAUAUGAGGCUUUAAUCAUUGGCUUGGAAAUGCUGGUAGAACUAGGAAUCCAAUCUGUGGAAAUUUUGGGAGAUUCCAUGCUAGUUUUAAAACAAAUUGCUGGGGAAUACAAGUGCCUAAGUCCUUCUCUAGCCGUCUACUUGGUGGCAGCCAGGAAUCUUCUGACAGAAUUCAAAGAAGCCACUUGGGAACAUAUCCCAAGGGAAGAAAAUUUUGCAGCCAAUGAAUUGGCUCAGGUGGCAACAAGCAUACAAAUGCCCGAAGAUUGUGUACAAAGAAUCAUCAGGAUAGGGAAGAAAAGCCUACCAUCUGUUCUGACCAGGGGGAUGGAAAUAGAUGUCAAUUCUGCCACAAUCACUGAAGAUUAUUGGAGAAAUCCUAUCAUGACUUACUUACGAUAUCCAACUCUGCCCUCUGAAAAGAGAGUCAGAAUCAUGGCUUUAAACUACCUUAUGUGGAACGAAGAUUUGGUCCGAAAGAGUAAGGAUGAGGUGCUUUUAAGGUGCCUCGGAAGAAAGAAUACAUGA